UAUAUUUCAGCACCCAUUUAAAAAAAUCACAAAAGAAAAAAAAUAAAUUUACGUACUCUCAGAGCAUCUUCUUCCAUUUUUUGCCAAAAAGCUAGAGAGAGUAUCGACAAAACAAAAACUCUAGUAAUUCUUUCUGAUGCGGAAGAUCAGACUUAGCCGCAACCACAGAGCAUACUUAGAACGAAACUAGAGUGAAGUAAUGGAGGGAGAAAGAAGUAUAAAAUGGUGGUGUGAUUUGGAAUGAGAGAGGGGGGGGGGGGGGGGGAGUGGGAGUGGUAUUUAUAGGGUUUGGGCGCUGAAAAAGUUUGGAGCAUUAAUCACUGCGUCCAACAAAAGCAGUGAAGUCACCGCCUUGAAGAAACACGGUGAUGGCUCGGAUCGGUGAUGUGGCGCCAUGUGAGGCGUCGGAUCGUGGAGAAAAACCACAAUCCACGCCUCACCGCAUCCAACGGUAACGGUAAAGGCGUGGGUGGCGCGGAUCGCUGCAUGGAAAGCGGGGCUAUCACCGGUUUUGUCAUUAACGGUGAAGUGCCCGCGCGUGUCCACGUCAGCGAUCCGCGCCACUUCACCGUUUUUGACAUCAACGGUAAAGAUCCCUUCACCGCUUUCCUAAUCAACGGACAGAAGAUCCCCGUUGUUCACCAAAGCGGGGAUUGUUUCCCCGUUUUUCUCCUCAGCAGUGAGAGCAUCACUGCUUUUGUCAAAAACGAUGAUGUUAUCAUCGUUUUAGACUAAAACGGUAAUUAUAAUCACUGUCUUCGUAUUCGACAGUGAUGUUGAAUCUGCUGUACUUUGGGAAAUAACUUUAUAAGUAUUGUAUUUAGGGAAUUGUUUUAGGGAAUUGUUUUUAAUAAUUAGAGUAUUGUGUGAUUUUUUCCUAACCGAACUACCUAUUCUUCCACCAUAUUUAUGGAUUGCCCUGCAGUCUGAAGUCUGAACUCCCAUCAGAGAGCCGAUUCCAUUUGCUGAGUCUCUGAACGCGAGCAGCUUUUUCAUUCGCCUCCUGAACCUCCCCAGAAGUUAGCAGAGCAGCACAAUGCUUGUGGGCUUUAGCUUUGCUUGCAGGGUCCGUCUGACACUGAACAGAGCAUCAAAUCAAUUAACAGAUCUUUUCACUUCCUUCUCACCUGGAGCUUCUCAACAUCAAUAUACAACCACCCACAACUCCAUAGAAGAAAGCAAACAAGGGUAGCCAACAAGAGAGAGAGAAUCGAAGUUUGAAGCUCUUUUUACCUUCCGAGGGAAUGGAGGAGGAAUGCGGCUGGCGGUGGAUGUUCAAGGUGAAGACCCCCCGUUUUUCGACGAUCAUCGUGGACGAUUCAGCUCGUGAUGAGAAGCUGUGUCUACCGAAGUUGUUUACAGCAGAGUAUGGAGCUCUGCUGCCAGAACAAGUGAUUUUCAAGCUCCCAAGUGGAGCAGAAUGGCGAGUUGGGUUACUCAGAAGCGGCGAAAAGAUCUGGUUCCAGGAGGGUUGGAGAGAAUUUGCUGAUUUCUACUCACUAGCAUCGGGGCAGUUGCUGGUUUUUCAGUACGGUAGCCAUGGCCGUUUCCUUGUUCUCAUAUUUGAUAAGACCGCCCGUGAAAUCGAUUACCAGACCCAUGAAACUAGUGUGAGACUUGAGCCAGAGCCGAUCAUAGAUAUCUCUGACGAUACCUCGAAUGAUCGCUGCCCUUCCCCAAAAGCAAGAGAAAAACCGCCAGUAAGAGCUCCCCAACCCAAGAAGCUGAAAAGAAGAAUCGAUGAUGAAAGGACCGAGAGAACCUCUGAGACUAUUAUCUGCCAUGGUUCUACUUCUAAAGUGCAAGAUAAACCUAGUAAGAAACGGCGUGGGGAAUUCCAGAAGGAAAGACCAUUGACAGUUGACGAGAGAGCUAGUGCACUUACUAGAGCGAUUUUUGCUUUCCAAUCGAAGAACCCUUUCUUCAUGAUUGUUAUGCAGCGAUCGUAUCUUGGCCCUGGAAUGAGAUUGUAUCUACCUAUCAACUCUGUGAUGACAAAAUUGGAGGAAUGCGGAGAGAUUCAACUCCAACUUUCUGAUGGAAGAUCCUGGAUGAUUAAGUACUUUGCCGUGGAUGCUUAUAAUAAAAGGAAGAGCAGAACUGUGUUUGAUGGCCGAAGUUGGGGUCGGUUUGUAAAGGAGAACGAGUUGAGAGUUGGCGAUGUAUGUGUAUUUGAGCUGGUUGAAGGCGGUGCUAAACCCAGACUGCAAGUGAUCAUCUUUCGAGCUCCCCAAGAUGCGAAUCCCUACUCGUCUGUGUCGUCUCCUCCUAAGCUUCGGAAUGGAAUGAAGUCAAAGUCUGCGGGAAGAAAAUCAUAUGGCAGUAGUGGUGCUUCAAAAACUGCAGAUGCCUUUACCUCCAAGCAACCAUUCUUCAAAAUACGUGUAGCUGAUAGUCAUCUAACCAUGAACAAGGUGAAAAUACCAGUGGCAUUUUGUGAGCAUGUCAAGGAAGUGUAUGAUGAAGGGGAGUUAAGGGUUGUUGGAGGCAAAUGGUGGGAUGUAAGGAUUGGAAGGUAUGUGCUGAAAACUGGCAGGCAGGAAAAGGUACUGGCUAGCGGUUGGAGAGAGUUUACAGCAGGGAAUUCUCUGGCACUAGGAGAUGUCUGUGUUUUUGAGCUUGUUAAGCCUGAAAAUGGGGAUCCCAUAAAGAGGGUGAUGAAGCUAAAUGUGCAUAUCUUCCGAGGGAUUCGUAGUCAAGUCCCUUCAGAUUAGGCACCCUUUUCUUGUGUAACCUGACCUAAAUGUCUCCCUUCUGUUGCCUUUUGCUAAUUUUGUUCAAAACUGCAAGGCUGAUAUAUAAUUAGUAUGAACUUUUCUGAUUGUUAGCCUACUUUUGUAUAGGGGAGAAUGCAGCCAAUGAUAGGGCAGGAAACCUUUGCUGAUAUCAUAUUUAGCAGCAGUAGUCAUUGUACUAACAUGAUCAUGUGACUGCAGAAGUUUCAGUUAGGGAAUUGACUCAUUUUGGGAAUCAUCCUACGAAGUUGUGGAAAUCUACAGAUGCGUGUAACAUUGAACACUUGUAGUGAUGUAAAAUAUUGCAUUUUCCAUCUGUAAGUUGAAGUUUUAUUGGUGGUUCAUAUUACAAGCUCUUGAAAGAAUGAAAAAAGAGCUGACAUUUUCAUUUGAGCUACCCAUCAACUUGCUAGACAAAGCAGGCGACCAGAGUCGCAAUGGCAGCAAGUGUGGCGGCUGGGAAAGCAAGGUUUGUUGUGGCAGCGCUUUGCAUUUGAGGGGAAGGUGCCGCUGCUCCCGAAUCUUGAGCUGCAACUGCCGAGCCUCCAAACCCAGCGAUGAAAGCCAGGAGAACCAUGAUGUAGACAAUGCAAGCCAUGAUGUUUCUCUUGCUAGCAGCUACCAUUAUGGAACUCUGCCAAACUUCCAAGCUGAGUUGAAAUGGCAGUAGAAGGGGAGGAAUAAGACGGUUUUGCUUUUGGGUUGUGCAGAUUGAGAGCAAAUCUGGGUUCUAUUUAUGGAGUGGGUUCUCUGUGGUUCCCAGUCUUUCGUAGGGAGAAUCUUCGUCCAGCUGUAUGUUGGUUCAGUAGCAAAAUACAGCAAAGCAUUAUAGAUGUGCUGGGCGGCAGAGAUGAAGCAAUGAUUAUAGCCUAGCUGCCUGGCUUAUUAAGGGCUGUCCUCUUUUGCUUUACUGCCUGGCUGCGGUUGGGGACUUGGGGCCUUGGACUUGCGGUGCAAGCAAUUAUAUGGGUUAUGCAUGGCUUUGUUCGCUAAUUGCUAUAUAAAUGAUAAAAUUCUAGAGCGUUAAAGUUCGUCCUAAAAUUACUGAUCCUAGUCCCAACUGCCGCUGUCUGUCUCGCUGCCGCUGCAAAGAAGAACACUGUCCACUGGAGACUGACUACUGCAGAUAUGGCUCAAGUUCCCCAACUUCAGUCCAGGAAAAAUGCUCCACUGGUGGCUCUGAUUGUAAGAUAAAGUACUAUAGAAAGA